AUGUGUAGCAGGUAAGGGCUUGUCUAUGGUUGGCUAUGUGGAAAAAUGCAGUAAGAGGGUGUUCAACCAAUGGGGAAAGAAGGAGCCUUGCUUACCAGGCUUAAAGAAACAUGGCACAGAGGAAAUGAGUAACACAUUUAGAGACCCAACCCUAGAGCAUGAGUAAUUCAGAAAAAUAACCACUUUGUUUAGUUGGAGAUGAAUGAAUCACAGCUCUUCUCCUUGACUAGUCCCCUAUGAGAACCUAGUGGAUGAAUCAGUCGAUGAAGUUUCCAAAGUUAUGUUGGUUAUGAUACAGUAACUGAUCAGUGUCUGUGUCUCUCCCCAGGCCUGUAGGGGACAUGAUCAAGGACAUCAGUUCAGGAAACGGCCUGAAAUUUGGGACAGGUAAACUGAAGGAGCUGUGUAAGCUGCUGCCAGAGAAAGAAGAGGUACAGUACUUCACACAGCCUUUCCCAGUAGGCAAGCAUAGAUCAGGCCACUGUCGCUUUGACACCCGUGUUCCGCAUAGGGCAAACUCCAGUUCGACCACCAUUGGGUGAGCUGAGGAUUGCCGCCAGCUUGCCGCCAUUGUUGAUGCUAACUACCACAGUGAACUGAUCAUAUUUAGCUUGAGAGACAGUUAUAACAGCGUUCUCCCAAGUUACAACCCUUACCGUAAUGCUGUGUCUUACUAAGAUUGUUACCUGUUGUGUGUGUGCAGGUGAAGCAACUAGUUGGGUUUAAAGGGGACCAGUCAGCUCUUCCUGAAGCAGACCUGUUUAUGGUGCUACUUAUCAAGGUUCCCAGGUGAGUGUGUGUGUGUGUGUGUGUGUGUGUGUGUGUGUGUGUGUGUGUGUGUGUGUGUGUGUGUGUGUGUGUGUGUGUUGAACCGUCUACAAACAUCUAAUUCACCGUUUUGUACAGUUUUGUGUUUUCUAAGUCUUGAAUGCCAGUUGUGUUAUAGAAUAUGAAUAAUUAUUCUUGCCCUUUCUGUUAGUUAUGAGGAGCGCCUCAACAGUUUAGUUCUCAAAGAAGAGUUUUUCCCACUCAUGGAUGAAAUGAAACAAUCCAUCGCUACCAUGAUCACAGCUGGAAAAGGUAAAGUUUGCAUCUGCAUGUGAUCUGGAUCUUAAUAAGGCCAAUGUGUAUCUGUACUAAAGCUCAACUGUCUCAUCGGUCUGUCUGUCUGUCUGUCUGUCUGUCUGUCUGUCUGUCUGUCUGUCUGUCUGUCUGUCUGUCUGUCUGUCUGUCUGUCUGUCUGUCUGUCUGUCUGUCUGUCUGUCUGUCUGUCUGUCUGUCCCUCCAGAGCUGUUAGAGAGUGACGACCUACACUCUGUGAUCCGCCUGGUGCUGAAGACCGGAAACUACAUGAACGCUGUGAGUGGAGAACAAUGAUAUCAUAGAUGAUAUUAUAUACUGUAUACCUUUAUCUAUGGUGUAAACUAAAUUGUUAGCAUCUGAAGCUUUGAGUAAGCCCAACAAAAAUAGGUUAAUUUGUCAGCCUGACUGACUGUCUCUCUCUUGUCCACAGGGUGGCUAUGCUGGCAGUGCCAUCGGCUUCAGGAUGGCAUCGCUACUGAAACUAGUGGACACAAGGGCCAACAAACCAGGCAUGAACCUCAUGCACUAUGUAGUUAUGGUAAGGAGAACCCUUAUUUAAAGCUUAUCCUUUAUCUAGAAUCUUGUUUUUCUCUGAUGCAAUAGUUGUUCAUGUUUAUGUCGAUUAUAGCAAGCUCAGAAAGUUGAUGUGGCCCUGCUGAAAUUCCCAGACAAACUCACACACAUCGCCGAUGCAGCAAGGUACAGAUACACAGUGUCUUACGCACUUCAACAAUAUCUGUAAUAUUGCUGUUUGCCCCACAAUAAGGUAUUCUAUUGUAAUGAUUGUGCUUUUCUGUUUUUCUGUAUUGAAUGAUUGAUAUUUGUGUUCUGCCCCCCUGUAGGAUCCAUAAGGAGGACAUAGAGAGUGAGUUUCAGAGAGAGGUGAAGAAAGUAAAGGAGGCGAAGGAGGAGGCGCAGAAACAGGAGGAGCUACAGGCUCAGAUGGAGGACUUUCUGAAGGUGAGGUAGCCUGCCUGUGUAUUCUCCAUGCCUUUCAGAUCUUGUAUCGCUACCUUCCCCUAUACUGUAUACCUAUGUAAUGUUUCCAGGGCCACAAGUUUCGCCUGACCACAAAACCUGACCAGGAACAACUCUGGGCCCUUGUUAUAGCCUUAAUAACCUCUGGUGGUGAAUCUACAACUCUAGGACCAGUGAUGAGGUUAUUGAUGUGUGUGGUCCCCUGUAUGUUCAGAAAUGUAGUCUGCGACCCUAUUGGGGAAUAGGGUGCCAUUUGGGACACAGACUUAGUUAUUUCUGUUCUGUGUGUGGUCCCCUGAAGGAAGCAGAGUGUCGUCUGGCUGAGACUGAGCUCUCUCUGCUGUCGCUGGGUUCAGUCAGUGACUCAGUGGCUGAGUACUUCUGUGAAGACCCCAGCAAGUUCAGACUGGAUGAAUGCUGCUCCAUCUUCAACUCUUUCUGUGCGAAGUUCCUGAGGGCCAUCCAGGUAAAAAACGGUUUAGAAAGUAGUGUAUAUACUCCUUUUGCAUACUAUUAUUUUAUGCUCUCUGAUUUACUGACUGACAUCUUGGCCCGCUUGGGAGCAUUGAUCUCCAUCUCACUCUUUUCUGUGUGAGGACUUUUGGCUGGCUUUUGUCUUCAUUGAGUGUCUCUGUAGUUACUGUUUUCUCUUUAGCCUUCCCUGCUUUCUUGGUAGAGUCCAGUGUUCACUGUCUCUGGCUCCCUAACGUGUGUUAUUGUAUGUAUCUGUGUGUAGGAGAACUGUGAUCGUGAGGUGGCAGAGGUGAAGAGGAGAACCAGAGACAGACUUCUGAGUGAUGCUAAUGCUGCUAAACGCCGUUCCACUGCCACCUGCUCCAUACGGGACAAGGACAUGGAGGGUGUGGCCCUGGAGUCCGUACUACGGAAGUUAGUCAUACUUCUCUUUUGAAAUAUAAUCUGUUAUUUAGUGUUUUUAUUUUUGUAUUGCGUUUUAAUUUUUUUCUGUAAAAGUAUGUUAUGACAUUCAUGUGUACUUUGAGUAAAGUUUGAUUUGAUUUGAUUUAGGCUCCUGACCAGUCGUGUGUCCCAAAGGAAAAGAGGCUUGGGCACGCCCUCCCCCACCAGUAGCAGCCUAUCAGAGGUCCCCAUUCAAGCAAACAUCCCCUCGGCAGAAAUGAGAAACCAAGGUUCUGUCAAGGCCACGGAGGUGUGUAAGGAAAAUGAGUGGAACUCAGCCAGAGACCUGACUGGGACCUCUCAGAGCGACCAGAAGGACCAGUCCCACAGCAAAAGGAACCGGAAGGAGAACAUGGUUCCACAUCCUGAGGAGACACAGCAGAACCCUAAGAAACCAGAACAGAACCACAGAGGUUCUAGUUCUGGUUCUACACAGCCAACCAGGAGAACCAGUAGCAGCAGCUCCUCCUCCUGCCCCUCCACAGGUAGACCCAUCUCAGUGACGAUGAAGGACAAGGAGGAAGAGGAGGAGGGGGGAAAUGAGGAAGAAGCCCAGAAGUUGCGUGAAGUGUCCAGGAAGGUUCUGAGGUAUCAGAGCAGCCGUGGUAGUCUUUCAUCUGGAGAGUAUGUCCCGGAGCAGCAGAAGUCUCCUAAUGCCACCAAUAAUACUAACACCUCCACCUUCACAAGAUCACCCAACGCUACGACCACUAAUGCUACAUCCUCCACCAUCACCACCAUCACCUCCUCCUCCACCUCCCCUCACCAGAGGACCUUCCAAGAAGACAGACAGCGGCUGCUGGGGGAUGCAUGUAGAGGCAGCGAGAGCCUGGCUAGAUACCUCCUCAACCCUCACCUCUCCCCCAAGGGAAUACUCACCCGAAGACACACCCUCACCCUCCCCCCUAAAGCCCCUCCUACUGAGGAAGAGGAGGAAGAUGAUCUGUUCACUUUUCCUACUACUCCUACUCCUACUCUGGGGGUCACAGGGAGGAUGAAGUCAGUAGACACUGGUAUGAUGUCCUCGAAACACAGAGCCUCUGGAGGACCCAACCUCACCAACCUCCCUGGCCACUCUGAGAAGUCUUGUGUCCAAGACCUGGAGUCUAAGAGCCCCAUGUCAAAACACAAAGUCUUGACAGCAAGUCUCAACAUUCCCAGGGACUCUGAAAACAGAGGCUUGGCGGGAGUCACCAUCCCUCACCACUCUGAGACAUCUGGUGCCCAGCAGGACAAGGUGUCCAACAGCUUGUCAGCAGCAGAGAGACCUACACACAUGGAGCUAGGAGAGCUGAACCAAGAUAAGAGCUCCUCUAUAGUCAAGACAAAACCUCCCCCCUUACACCUAGAACUGAACCACAACCAGGAUGAGGAGAUAAAGGAGUUUUCUCCCACCCCUCUCCAGACACUCGUCUCCCAGAAACCCAAACAGGCUGACCCUCCUCAGAGCCCCAAACACAAUAUGGCUAACCCCUCUAAGAGCCCAAAGCCCAAAUCUUCAGAGGGCAAUGGAUUCAUGUCUUUCUUUAAACGCCUGGGAGAGAGGAGCAGGCCAAAGUGA